AUGACAGAGCGAGAACAUAGGAGUGCUAAGCGUAAAUGGAAAACUGCAAAUAAGAAACGUCGAGAACGACAAAAAACUGCUCAACAAAUUAUGGACAUUACACCGACGUCGAGCCCGCGGUCAGGAACUCCAGUUUUACCGAGGUCUAGAGGCCGAAAACAAAUACGAAGAGAUAGAUCUGCAGUGUACAGAAAUAAUUUGAAAUUGCAGGAAGAAAUAGAAAAGUUGAAAAGAAUGUGUAGUAAAUAUAAAAAGAGAUACCAAAGAGCUAAAACGUCAAUCAAACACACGGAACAAAUGCUCUCUACAAAACCAGGGUUAUCGCUCACCAAAACACUGAAGGAGUUAAGCAAGGUCCGUUUGUAUUUAGUGACGGACAGUGACAUACAAAACAUUGAAAAAGCUCUACCUAAAAACCUUGUACCACUUCAAGGUGUUGCUAAAAGUGAAGUUGAUGAAGAAGGAGACGUCAAAAUUAUGUUUUACAAGACAGUAGAUAAAACUGGUAAAAGGUUCAAAGCAGUAGAUACUGAUAUUUCUUACGAACCUUACGAUAACAUCUUAGAAAUUGUUCCUAAUCCUAAAAUUGUCGUAAAAGGUGAAAACGCACUUUUUCUCUUUAUACGUAGAAGCAGAUUAGGCAAAUACAAUAAAUCUGACAAUAAUAAAUUUAAAACUUAA